UUUUUCCGUGCGCGUCCCUUACACGUGACGUCAUGAGCGUGUCUCUGGCCAACAUGGCGGACUUUGAUACCAUUUAUGAGUUAGAGGAAGACGAAGAGGAUGAAAACGUAGUGAGCGACGAACACUUGGUCAGAUAUUGCCCGGAACCUGUGGUGAUGCGAGGGGCAGGGCACAUCACAGUGUUCGGACUGAGCAACAGAUUUGACACAGAAUUUCCUUCUGUUCUCACGGGAAAGGUAGCACCAGAGGAGUUUAAGACCAGUAUCAGCAGGGUGAACGCGUGCCUGAAGAAGAACUUGCCAGUGAAUGUGAAGUGGCUUCUCUGUGGCUGCUUGUGCUGUUGCUGUACAGUGGGCUGCAGCCUGUGGCCUGUUAUCUGCCUCAACAAGAGGACGAGAAGGUCGAUCCAGAAGUUGUUGGAGUGGGAAAAUCACAGACUAUAUCACAAGCUCGGCCUGCACUGGAAACUCAGCAAGAGAAAAUGUGAGAGCAGUAAUAUGAUGGAAUAUGUGAUUCUUAUAGAAUUCUUACCCAAAUAUCCAAUAUUCCGUCCAGACUGAGGAGGCUCCUAUAUCAGAGUGAAUGUGCAGCCCUUGAAUAUUACAUUUAGUGCCUUGUACAUACAGUGUUUUGGAGCAAAGGGUCUGCGCCUGCGUCUUCUAGUGACGAGUAGUGCAUCUCCCAGAACCUUGUAAAUGAAUUUGUAACACUGUCACUUUGCUUUAGAGCAGAUUUUGCACAUUCUUUACCGACUGAAGUAGGUCUAACGUUCCCUCUGUUGUUGCACUCGGCGUGUCGUUUGUCUGUGUUAAAAAUGAAACAAGUUAAACAUUUCCAAAAAAAAAAGAAAAAAGUGCAUUUACCCCAAAGAAGCAUCAGCCUGAUUCCCAUCUCUCCUAUGAAUGAAUCCCUUUGCUUAGAAUGUGAAGCAUCUGCCUUCCUGGUCUCUCCUUGCCUUAUGAAUAAUAAUGAAAAAAAACUCAAACAGUAACAUGGGAAAUGUAAACAUCAGGUAUUUUAAUGAGACUGAAGUAUAAAAUGCUCUUUGUGGGGUUUUCUCCCUUUGAAUCCUGUUCUUUUUUUUUUAAGAAGAUGGGAUCGUUGAAGUUGCCUAACAUACGUCCUACAUUUUCACCUUCUGUCUGAGUGUGCGAGUGUGUGUGUGUAUUUUUCCAUGUAACCCUGCGUGCGUACCAAGUAGCUGUUAGAAAAACUUGACCUGUAAAUACCAUGUUAGGAGAAGCUGUACAUUGAUAUACUAUUGUUUACAUGAAGUAACGUAGCUCUUUGUUAUUGUUUGCCAAUAUUAUCGUUGUACCAUAGUUUCUAUGAAUAAAAACGACUGUGUAUCUUUCUAGCUCAAAUGGACCUGGUUCUAACGUAAGCCAUAAAGUAACGAUGUGCGUGACGCAGGAGUCGGGACUUGUUUAUUGCACUCAAGCAUAAGAGGAAGUCGGGUUUGACAGACUGAAAUGAACCGUGGGUGUUCAGUGGUGAUGUUUGCCAAUGAUGAUGUUCAGUGAUCAUCAUCUCUCUGAAGCAUCAGCUCUAAUGUGCUGUUGGAUGGUUGAAACUGCGCACUUCCUCUCAGUAAUAUUAUCAUUUAUUGUUUCUCCCUGUAAUCUGUUUUCUUUUUUAUAGUUUUGUUUUUCUGUGCAGUACUGUUUUGGUCCUGUGUUGAGAAGCACAUGCAUCAACAGUUGUUUGUGUCCUGAGCAGAUGGUUCCUUGAUUUCACUCACUUCAGCCUAGUGUUAUGGUUUGUUUGUUUUUUUUUUUGUUUGUUUUUUGUUUGAUAAAAUCUUUGUGGAGAGACAGCUGUGCGGCGUUGUAUUCGAGUGCCUCUUGAUUCUUGGCUGAACCAUAGAGAACUACAGGGUGAAAUCAGAUUUUUAAAUCUUCCUCCCAGUGUUGUCCUUAUUGCAAUUCUUGUACUUGUUUGCCAUGAUGAUUCCUAUGGAGAGAGAAAAUAAAAAUUGUUGCUUUUGA